AUGACAGACAUGCUACCCAAGUCACUCACAUCACUGACUGUGAGACGUCUACCCGAGCACAUUGAUAUCUACUCAUUGCCAAGAACACUUCAAACAUUAAACAUCGGUCAUAUUACAGAGGAUUGCAAAGUCUCGGGCACACUACCUCCAUCAAUCACAUCGAUGAAGUUGAACAAAACAACAUAUGAUCAACUAUGUGUUGCCCGUGACCUAUCAGACUCGCUACGUUCAUUGACCUUGUUACAUGAAGACAGGACAGAGGACCCCAAGGUUGAGGUGCUACCAACAUCCCUCACAAGCCUCGUCUUCGUUCCGUAUUGCUCGAUCACUCAUCAGAGUCCGGCGAACCUGGUGCUCCCAUCAGGGCUACUCGAGCUAACAUACAGUGAGGGAUUCAACUAUGUCAUCCCAGUGGGCUACCUCCCCGACACACUGACGAGUCUGCAUUUUAAUGAUCAAUUUAACAUGGAUAUCCAGCCUGGAUCCCUGCCCUCAUCACUACGCUCACUGUCCUUUGGCUAUUACUAUAGCAAAGAGUUCCAACCUGGUGUCUUCCCACAUGGCCUACAGACACUUAUAUUCCCUAGAGAGUAUGACUAUCCUAUUCCCCAUCUUCCCCAAUCACUCACGACGCUGUCACUUGGUGAAUGCCCUGAGUGGCCAUUCGCACCUGGUGCGCUGUCCCCAUCAAUUACCAACUUCACCUAUGGAUCACUGUGUGACACUGCAAUCGAAUAUAUACGCGAGAUGCAUAACCUCAAGACUCUGACCUUUGAGAGCGACUUUGAUUACCCGCUCUCCCCUGGCUCGCUGCCCCAAUCAAUCACAAAGCUAUCCUUUGGCGGUCCUUUGGACAGCACAAUAGAGAUUGGAUCAUUCCCUUCAUCACUCACCAGUCUGUCAUUUGAGUUCUUGGAGCAGCCCAUCGAUCCAGAUGUGUUCCCAUCAUCAAUCACUCAUCUAUCUUUGUGCGACCUACCAUCACAACAAACUGGUCCGAUCACAAUGCCCAGUGGAGUCAAACAUCUUGGUCUUUGGAACUUGGGUCAAUGUCUGAAGCUCAACUCUGAGUCCACAUUCGAGAGAUUGACAAUACAUGGUGGGGACUAUAUAUCUUGUCUGGAGGCACAUGGAUGUAGCAGUGACGAGCCAUUCACAAUGAUAAGGAUAGGUCAACUACAUAUCAAGAUAGCAAGAGAUGAUGAUCCUAUCAGUGCAAGUGAUGCGAUAUCAUACAUUGUCGGUCAAGCAAGGAAUAUCCUCAAUCCAAUUGUAUUUCCAAAUGUCCACACCUUCCACAUCGAGUCCAGAGACUCUUUCAACUUCCAGUUGAGAUGGGUGGAUGCCAAAUGGGCAAUAAUCACAAUGGAACGUGAUGGUGCAAUUCGAAUAUGGACAUUUCAAUUAGAGUAUGAUGAAUAUUAUGAUGAUGAGAGUGAAUAA